AGUCUCGCACUGAAGCUUCCUAAGUUUCAAGAUGGACGACUGCACACUAGAAAAGCUUGUCGUAAAACCAGGCAAAUUGACACCGAGCUUUAAUAAAGUUCACCUCGAAUACGACGUGACUGUACCAAGCGAUGUAGAGAAAAUACAUAUUGACCCAUUGACAAGUGAUUCUGGGGCAUCUUAUUGCAUAUUCGGUGGAGAUGGAGGGAAAGAUGUACCCCUCAAAGAAGGUGCAGUAACAGAUAUUAAAAUAGAAGUGACUUCAGAAGAUGGAACCAUUAAACAUUAUUUCAUUCAUGCCAAACGGCUGUCUGCUAAAGACGCCUUCCUUAAUGACCUUCAGUUCUCUGUGGGAAACCUUAAUCCUGCAUUUGAUCCUGAUGUCCUUAGUUAUUCAUGCCUCCUUCCCUGUAAUGUUGCUCAGGUGGUGCUUAAACCAGUGGCUCCAGAUACCAAAAAUGUGGUACUGGUGUGUGGUGAAAAACCAGGCACCCCUACAGCCCUGAAUGUUGGCGAAACCAAUGUCAGCGUGGAGGUGACAUCAGCAGAUGGCUCCAAUAAAAAGACAUAUGUAAUAGAUGUGAUUAGAAAACAAAUACCUCGAUUUGUAAAGCUAACGGAUGAGAAAUUGGCCAAAGAAUAUGAGUGUCCCUUCACCCUUAGUGCCUUAUAUAGACCAAUCACCAUUAGAGGAAGUAACCCCAAGAAUACUUACUCGGCUCCAAACAUUGACGAGAAGACGCGGAAAUCUAAAAUCGACCCACUCAGUGGCAUGCCAUUAGGAAAAGACUGGAGGAUAGUGGAUUAUGAGCUAGACAAGAAGAUUGCCAUAGCUAUGGCUACCAUUCCACUAACCAAUGGAAAGUCUUUAGAUCCAGCAAAGUUUUCUGAGCUGGCAUCCCAAAUUGAAAGUUGUAAUAUUGCACCAACAGUUGCAGAUGUGACGGAUAAAUUCAAAAAUGCAUCUGCUCCUCUGAAACACACUGUGGAGGUCAGGAAGUGGGAAAAAAACUUACAUCAGGUCUUUGAUGAAACUGAUGUGGAUAAACUCUGUAAAAGUGGAGAGGAGUACCUACAGAAGUACUUUGAUUCCUUACCAAGAUCAGGACAAUUUAAACAGUGGCCCCAUGGAGAGACACCUAUGGACUUCCUUGACAAUGCCUCUCACUGCUUUGCCUGCGCCAUUAAAGGAAAACCCAAAGAUGCUGCCCUCCAUAUGAAACUGGGGCAGGUUUUGGAGGAGAGAUACUAUGCAGAAGAUUUGUUUGGGCUUAAAAAAGAGGAGGGUGGCGAAUCUUUGCCAUCCUUCAACUUUGAGGCAAAAGAGAGUUCCAAAGAAGAGGAGUGUGCUGCUAUAUGUAAAUUACGAGGCGUCGACGCAGCCUCUGCUCCUAUCGCACUACAGCUAAAGGCCAUUGAUGAGGAAUACCAUCAUCUAGUUGGCAGCGGUCAGAGCGGCAAGGCAGACCAUGUACAGGGACUCUUUUUAUGGAAAUCCAAACAGGCAUCUCAAGAAGGUAUGGCUGCCCAGAAAGCUCAGGACCAAGAGUCGCCCCUUGGUCAAGCUUACCAGAAAUACAUGGAUGCCUUAACCUUAGAUGAACCCAAGGCCAUCUACAACUUCCAUGUGGGGCGCAUGUUGGUCAUACAGGGUAACUUUGAUGAAGCAGUCAAAAGAUUGGAAGUGACACUCAAUUGGAAUCCUAAGCACCAGUUCUCCAGAUUCUACUUGGGUUUGGCCCUGGCCCUUCAGAAGAAUGGACCUGGGCCAAGGGCCAAAGAGACUAUCUCUUAUCUUCUAGAGGCCAUGGAAACUCUUUUGACCCUACAUACCAAAUCAGCCAUGACCCCAGAUGACCCUCGAGACAUUCCAGCCAUUUUACAUUCUGACAACCUGUUAAGAUCAUCCAAUGUCCAUCUGCUGAGAGGAAUUGUAAAUCUAGGAAAGCUGUUGCAGAAGAAUACAGAUGUAAAAGACUGCAUGUCUCCUGAACAUGUUUUUCAUACGUCUGCCCUGUUGGCCUCUCAGGUCCUGCCCUACAUUUCCCAGGGAGACGCCUACAAACAGCUGGAGUGGGUCCUGCUCGAGUCCCACUCCAACCUGCUCGACAUCUUGCUGAAGGACCCCGCCAAAAACGCUGCCUUGAUCGAGCAGCGGUGCCAAAGGUUGUCUGCUCUCAUCAUGAACUCUACACUGCCAAUGAGUGAAGACCUGCUUAAUCUGCAGGAACAGACUUGUCAGAAACUGGUCAGCCUCCAGCCCUGCAGCAGUCUGUCCCUCUACCGACUGGGCGUCUCCCAGUUCGAUAAGUUUGAGAACUGUCCUCCCGGUGACACAGCCAAUAAGAUUCUGAAGGAAGCUAUGACGUCUUACCAGGCUUGCAUCAGUCUGGAGGGGAAACCUGCCUCUGGAGAUCCUCCAGAGUCACUUACAGGACAGCAAUGGUGGCAGGACAAAGUGAAAGCAGAACAGGAAGCAAAGAAGGCAGAGGAGGCAAAGAAAGCUCCAGCACCAGCUGCCAAAGGGGGACCAGCAAAGCCUGCCCCGGCCGCUAGGGGAGGGGGAGCAGCAGGGCGGGGGGCUCCUGCCUCUAGAGGGGCACCUGCUGCCCGAGGAAGAGGGGCAGCCACUACACCAGCCAGAGGAUCUAACACCAGGCUUUGUGGUGCAACAGCAGGAAGAGGUGGUGCAGCCAGAGGUGGUGCAGCUGCUAAGACACCCGCUGGAAAGGCAGCUCCUGCCCCCGCAGCAUCAAAGGCCCCUCCAGGUAAAGGCGGGCAUCAAUGUGAAGCCACACCCCCCGCCCAAAAGGCUGGAGCCAAGGAGCCACCAGCUCCUGAACCCAAGAAGGAGGAUGCAAAACCAGAACCUGCACCAGAGUCUAAACCAGCUGAUGAUAAAGCGGCUCCCAUCAACCCAAAGACUUACCACGCACGUCUAGGACUGGCCAGGGCUUACAGAGCAGCUGGAGAUAUUGACCAAUCCAAGAAGUUCUACAAUGAAGUCAUGACUAUGGCUCCUGAGGUCCAUGAUGCCUGCAUCGAAUUAGCCGAGAUGUUAGCCAAGACAGAUCCCAAAGGAGCUGUGGAUGUCUACUGCAAGUUUCACAUUUCUGAUCCACCCACUUUUGACGAUGGCUACAUUCUGGGUGAAAUUGUGCGUCUUUUGAUGAAGGCUGAAGAUUAUGAAGACAAAAGGCUGGUCAAGAAUAUGAUACUUUAUGGGAAAGUUUACGGCUUAGCUGUUUUGGAAAAAUAUGUGAAAAUAUUGGAAGAGAAGUUCAAGAACAAGAUUCUACAGGAAGUGUAUGCUGGUGUCAAUGGGAAAUCUGUUGAUGAUGCUGAUAUGCAAGCCUUCUUCAAAUUCAAAUGUUGGAUUUAACUAAUGAUACAUAUGUUGCUUAACAAAUUAUGAAAAGUCUCCAACAAAAUCAACACCAAUCAAAAGCAGGAUAGAACACGUCCAUUUUCUGUAUACCAGUAAUUUGUGAUUUAAUAGAUAUGUACUCUUAUUUUACAAAAAUGUACAUUAAUGUAAUAGCCUUGUUUCAUGUUCAACUUACAAUUCAAGUACAAGUGUGUAUGUGUCUCAACAUCCACAUUAUAUACAGACUUACUUUAAUAUGGUGGCUUCAAUUAUGAUCCCUUAGUGUCAAAUUCCCUUAGAGAUUGCAUAUUGCUUACAUGUAUGUAGAUGUGCCAAGUACAUCAGCAUUCCUGAAUUUACAACAAGGAUUUUAUUUUUUUAUUUUACUUGAGAAUUUUUUUUACAUUGCCUGUGAUAAAUAUUUUUCAAUUAAAA